AUGGAACUCGGUAUAAUCCCCACAUCGCCAGUAGGCAACGAGUACUAUGAAGUACGCGCCAUUCCCGGAAAAGGCUACGGAUGCGUCAGCCUCAAACCCAUUCCGCGCGGUACACGCAUCCUCGCGGAGGACCCCCUCCUGAUCGUCCCGGUCGGCGACUACAUGCUCUCCGAUGUUCAGAAAGCCUUCGACAGCCUCACCCCUUCGCAACAGACACUCUACUACACACUUCACUCCUCACACGGCCAGGAUCCGAAUAAAUGGCCGUCGCGCAUCCACGAAUCAGUCCCACCCCAAGAAGUUCUUCGAAUCAAGGAACAACACAAAGCGCGAACCGAUCCCUCACCAAGUCUGAUCAGUAUAUUCCAGACAAACUGUAUGGAGAUGAAUGCUGGCGCCGCAGUAUUCCCGCACGCCGCCCGCUUCAACCACUCUUGCAACCCAAACGCCUGCUUCUCUUGGAACGCCUCCAUCGGCAAAGAAACCAUCCACGUCAUGAAUCCCAUCGCCGCGGGCGAGGAGAUUACGCUAUCUUACUGCGACAUGAUCCACGACAAGUCGCUCCGCGCGUACGAGCUCAAACACUACGGCUUCACCUGCGAUUGCCCGGCCUGCAGCGACGAUGAAGAGGACGAGACAGCGUUUGGAUACCAGAGUGCAGAGCGGCGAUUCCGGUUACAAGAGCUGGAGCGUGAGACGAGGUUCUUCCGUGGCGCAAACCUGGAAAAAGGCGCACAGCGAGAUGAUUUCGUGAAGAAGCUGUUGCAGUUGGCGGCUUUACACAAGGCUGAAGGGGACUUUACCGCCAGACUGGCAAAUGUAUUUCUCGAUAUUGCGCUAGUCUGUGAGCUCAGGGGAGACCUUGGUAUGGCGGAGUUGACUGCGGGCAAGGCUGUGGAGGUCAAGAGGGACUGCCAGGGGGUGGACUUCCCCAACUACAGCAGGUAUACUGACGUGCUUCAUCGGAUCAAGACAAAGGUGGCUUUGAAGGGCUGA